AUGCAGGCUCAUCGCGGCGAAGCUACAGUGGUGACAUUCGGUGCUUGCAUGAAGUCCUGUGCGAAAGCCUCGCAGUGGCAGAGGGCUCUUCUUUUACUUUGGGACAUGCCUUCUGCCAGGGUGCAGGCAAACGUCGUGACCCUUGGUGUUGGCAUAUCGGCCUUGGAGGCAGCUGGUCAGUGGCAACUGGCUCUGCAGCUCUUUGCUGGCAUGACGAGCGCAGCAGUAGAAGCAAACACCGCCUCUUUCAAUGCU